AUGGCAGCACAGUCCAAGUUGCUCCCUCCGGGGCGUACCGUCAAGCAACUGAUCUCGGAACUGACGUCUCUUUACCUCAAGCACCGCACGAACAUCUCCCGAACCGUCUACAUCACCUUGGUUGUCGCCCUGAUCCAUCGAGUCUACAAUGCCGUCUCGGAACAGAAAGCUGCCGCUCGAAGGCAGGCCGAAAUUCGAGCCUAUCAGUCAGUCAGCAACGCAGAUUCAGACACUGCAAAUCAGGAACACCGGAAGAAGAGGGUGGAAAUAAACAGAGAGUUCUUCCGCAAUCUCCUCCGUCUGCUGAAAAUCGUCAUACCCGGCUGGCGAAGUAAAGAGCUACGACUCCUCGUGAGCCAUAGCGUUUUCCUGAUCUUGCGCACCCUUCUCUCCCUUUACGUCGCCGAUCUCGAUGGCAGAGUCGUGUCAGCUUUGGUCAAGGGGCGUGGUAGAGACUUCAUCUUGGGCCUGGUAUGGUGGAUGCUGGUAGCCAUUCCUGCAACGUUUACCAACUCGAUGCUCCAGUACCACCAGACCAGACUGGCCCUCUCUUACCGCACACGAUUGACGAGUUAUGUUCAUGAAAAGUAUUUGGACAAUAUGACCUUCUACACUCUAUCGGCGUUGGAUGACCGGAUCAAAAAUCCCGACCAGUUGAUUACGGUGGAUAUUUCAAAAUUCAGUAAUUCAUUGGCAGAAUUGUACUCCAAUCUGGCCAAACCCAUUCUUGACAUGGUCAUCUACAACUAUUCUUUGUCGAAAUCGGUCGGGGGAGAAGGACUUUUUGCAAUGGCCUUGCUUGUGCAAAUAUCGGCCAACGUCAUGCGUGCCCUCACCCCUCCUUUCGGAAAGUAUGUUGCAGAUGAAGCAAGACUGGAAGGAGAAUUUCGCUUUCAACACACUCGACUUAUCGAUUACAGUGAAGAAAUUGCGUUAUACGCCGGCCACGAAGCAGAAAAGGAAGGAUUGGAUAAAGGAUACUUCACUCUGAUCAAACACGUCAACCGGAUACUGAGGAGAAGGCUCUAUCAUGGCUUCAUGGAGGACUUUGUCAUCAAAUAUUUCUGGGGUGCUCUGGGCCUCAUCCUAUGCUCACUACCUGUGUUCUUCAAGAUUCCCGGCCAGACACUAAAUGCUGUAGGUGAUCAUACCGAGAGCUUCGUCAAGAACAGACGGAUGUUGCUCAGCAGCUCGGACGCAUUUGGGCGCAUCAUGUUCUCGUACAAGGAAAUCACUGAGUUGGCUGGAUAUACGUCGAGAGUUGCCGGACUUCUGGACGUCAUGGAUGAAGUUUCAGCAGGGCAUUUUGAGAAGAAACUUGUCAGUUCUGCAAGCAUUGAAGAAAAUGCGGCCGUUUUGAAAGGGCGAGGCACGAUCGAAGAAAGCGAGAACAUUGAAUUCACCGAUGUCCCCAUUGUCAGCCCGAAUGGCGAUGUUCUCGUCAAGAAACUGACCUUCCACAUCCAACCCGGUGAUCACCUGUUGAUCGUGGGACCCAAUGGUUGUGGAAAGUCAAGCUUGUUCAGAAUUCUGGGUGGCUUGUGGCCUGUAUACGGUGGAAGGGUCCAGAAGCCGAAUUUCGACGAAAUAUUCUACAUCCCUCAACGACCAUAUCUCAGCAGAGGUACUCUUCGAGAUCAAAUCAUCUAUCCAGACACUCUAUAUGAGUUCCGAGCCAAAAAUGGGUCGGAGGCAGCUCUCAGGGAAAUUCUUGGGAUCUUGGAGAUUGAAUCCGUGAUCAAUAGGCCUAAUGGUUGGGAUGCCGUGGAAGAAUGGAGAGACGUCUUCUCUGGAGGUCUACAACAACGUAUUGCCAUGGCGCGACUGUUCUAUCACAAACCCAAAUAUGCAAUCUUGGAUGAGUGCACCAGUUCUGUUACACUGGAGAUGGAACGAAAAAUGUACGAAACCGCCAAGAGCCUAGGAACCACUCUCAUGACCGUCAGCCACCGACGAAGUUUGUGGAAAUAUCAUAGCAUGAUUCUGCAGUUUGAUGGCCAAGGCAACUAUGUGUUUAGCAAGCUCGAUGCAGAGAAGAGAAUCAAGCUAGAAGAUGAAAAGGAGGAGCUGGACACAUUGCUUCGUGGAGUGGAUGGAUGGAAGGCCCGACUCAUGGAACUGGAAGGAUGA